CUCGGCGAUAACAUCCUCCAUUUCACCGCCACUGCUUUGCCAUCAUGUCAUCAACUCCAGGCCGUUCCACUCGUUCACCCCUCGGAAGUACCCGUCGAAGGACGAAAAAUGCAUGUGAGACGUGCAAGGUGCGGAAGCGGAAAUGUGAUGGCCAUGAGCCAUGCACCUUCUGCCUCAGAUACGAGUUUGAAUGCUCCUACGGAGCUCAGCCACGAAAGAAGCGCUCCUCGUCAAGCACUACGCGACCAUCUGUGAGGUUACGAGAAAGGCCUUCCUCGCCAGGGCUUGGGACAAGGGCCGAUGUCAAUCAGCAACAGAUGGAGGCAAAUUCAGGAACUGCAUUUCCUCACCUUUUGGGGAAGAGCUUGAAUCCUCAAAACCCACCCAAGGUUUACGGCUUCAGCUGGAAUCUAGGUCUGCGGGAUGAGCCUGCACAAAACUUCACCAACAUCGCGAGCUUAAUCUCCAAGGAGGAGAUGGAGGAUCUUGUUGGCCAUUAUCUAGAAAGAAUACAUCCUAUGUAUGCUGUCCUCAAUCCGGAUAUCCUACAGAAAAAAGUCGCUUCGCGCUGGGGCGAUUCUGCCACUUUGGACAGUUAUGAUCCGGUUCUUUGCGGCGUCGCAGCCUUGGGAUCCCUAUAUUCUGGCCAUCAAGGACACCGAAAUGAAGGAGCGCUAGUCCAGUGCGCAAAGGAAAUCCUCGAGACAACGUGUAUCAUGAACAAACCACUCUUGCACCAUGCUACUGCUUGGCUUCUACGUACCAUCUAUCUCCGGAGUACCAACUGCCCUCAUGCUUCAUGGAUGGCCAGUUGUUCUACGAUGCAUAUCAUCGAAGCCGCAGGAGCUCACCAGGAUCCGGGGAUGGUCUCUUUGGUAUAUUCUGAUACAGCAGAUGUCGGGGUCGAUGAAGAAAGCCAGCGCAGACUCUUCUGGGUAGCGACGGUACUCAAUGCGUGGAUCUCCUAUGAAUACGGUCGGUCUCGUGUCAUCCUACGCGGCGUCUCCUGCAAGCCACCUUUGCCGCAAGCUGGCGAUUUCACCGCAGACUUGAUCUCAUUGUUUCAAAUCUCCGAACGGCUGGACCCCGAGCAAACCAAUAGACCUUCAGACCUUGAAGAUAUCCUGGCUCGCGUUGAACGCCUAAGGUUUACCCACGACGCCUUGAUCCUUUCCCAGAGUAAUCUAGCCCUUACGAUAUACCGUCGCUUGCGAGUGGCUGCUUCUAGUAUAUCGAACGACGUUAUAGGCCGCAUUAUUCGCCUAGGUACUGAAGGUAUAGCUGCUGCAGUCCGUAUGGCUGAGAAACGCUGUCCUUGGUGGCAUGUUGCCAAUGUCCCCUUUCAGUUUCUUUGUAUCUUGCUUGCAAUAGAUUCCCGAGAGUCCCUAUCACACGUGGGCCACGCUAUGCGUUCGUUCAAAACUAUUGGCAUGCACUUCAGUACGCCUACUGUCUACACCGCCAUAGACACUAUUGAUUCCCUGAUCAAGUUAUCGCAAAGGAAGAAGGAGCGAGAAAUAAGUCUUCUGAAGGAUAGUGUCCAGGAUCAGAAUGCUGCACCGGCUGAGCAGAGCGCAACAUCUGCCCAGGCCUACGGUACUCCUUGGCUGGGAGAAAUAGCGGAUGCAAAUGCCCUCGGUAACUCGGAUUGGGACUGGGAUGCCUUUCUCAAUGCUGAAAUUCCUCUUUUCGACGACGCGGGAUAUGGUGGGCAGAGGUACGGGUGACAAUGUGUGUCGGUUCCGCUAAGGCUAUUUGUAUCACGAUACUUUCGCUACCAUGGUCAUGUAGUCCAUAGCAGGAAGUGGGCGCAUAUUGAUCAGCACAUUGGCAUGUCUUCCUUGUGCUUUCGGAUGAAAUUGUCGCUGCUCUGCAAGGUGGAAG